UAUAAAUACAUGAACGACCGGAGAACCGAGCGCAUUUCCACUAUAGCUCUUCUAAAUCGAUCGAUAUUAUCGGUUAAUUGCAAAUAUGACGGUGUCGUCAGUUCUCGUCGAAUCGCUGGUAUUUUUGAGUGUCCUUGCCACGGCGCUGGCGUCCUUGCCUCCCGGCGUGAUGCCGUGUUCGACGGACGGCGAUUUGGAGACCUACAACAAUUGCGUUCUGCAACAAGUCGCGGUGCUCAGACCUUAUCUCCCCAAAGGAAUCGCUUCCCUGAAAUUGCCGGCUCUGGAUCCUCUGCUUCUGCCCUCCCUGACGAUCGACAGAAACCUGGACGCUCUGAAAAUCAAGGCCAACAUGACCCAAGUUCACGUUUACGGAGUAUCGAACUUCCUCAUCGACGAACUCAAGGCCCAUCCGAAGGAUCUCAGCGUAGAGAUGACCCUGUCGUUGCCCGAACUCCAAGUCAACGGCGAUUACGAUAUACAGGGAAGAAUUUUGCUACUGCCGCUCAGCGGCGUGGGAAAUUUCAAAGGGAACUUCUCUGGGACCAAGGCGCACGUUAUGGCCAGAGGUAAAGAGACGGCGGACAAAAACGGAAUCCAAAGAGUCGAAAUAGACGAUAUCGAAUUGAAAAUUCGCGUUGGCGACGGAACAUUGACACUGAAAGCUCCGCCGAGGCACACGUUAGCAGCCGACGCGGCCGCAGCUUUUUUCAACUCGAACCCAAGGCUGGUACUCGACAUCGCCAGUCCCAUAAUCGAAGACACCGCCGUCACCAUAAGCAAGGCUCUGGCUGCGCGAGCCCUCGGCGUUCUCACCAAACAGGAAAUUCUUCCGUGAAGAGAAUCUAUUUAAGCGCCCCCGUUCGAUGUUAGGGUGGAAACAUCGAACAAACAUAACGUCCUCAGAUACGAAAGUUUCUGAACGAUACUGUACAUAGAUUUAUAACGUACUCUUAUACCAAAUAAUAACCCACUUUCUACACGA